CUAAUUUUACCCGCCAUUUUAGAUUAAUGGAGGCUUUUGUUCUUUAGUUUACUUAUUUCAAGUUAAGCCCCGUUGCUUUUUCAAUUCCAAACAUAUUUAUGUGCAAAUUGUUAAGGUAAAGAGUCGGCACAUCCGGUUGAAAGCCAUGUAUAUCAAACAGGUGAUCAUUCAAGGUUUCCGCAGCUACAGGGAACAGACAACAAUUGAACCAUUCAGUCCUCAUCACAAUGUAGUUGUUGGCAGGAAUGGUUCAGGGAAAAGUAAUUUUUUCUAUGCGAUUCAGUUUGUGCUGAGCGAUGAGUUCAGUCACCUUCGUCCUGAGCAGCGUCAAGCCCUGCUGCAUGAGGGGACGGGACCACGUGUCAUCUCUGCAUUUGUCGAGGUCAUCUUCGACAAUUCCGACAACAGAAUUCCGAUAGACAAAGAAGAAGUGACAUUGCGUAGAGUCAUUGGCUCGAAGAAAGACCAGUAUUUUCUGGAUAAGAAAAUGGUGACGAAAACAGAUGUUAUGAAUCUCCUGGAGAGUGCUGGUUUCUCACGCAGCAAUCCAUACUACAUUGUCAAGCAAGGAAAAAUCAACCAGAUGGCGACAGCACCGGACUCGCAGAGACUCAAGCUCCUCAGGGAGGUGGCAGGCACUCGUGUUUACGAUGAGCGCAAGCAAGAGAGUGAGUCCAUCCUCAAGGAAACAGAGAACAAAAGAGAAAAGAUAGAGGAGCUGCUGAAGUACAUUGAUGAGCGACUCAACACGCUAGAGGACGAGAAGGAGGAGCUGAAGGAAUACCAGAAGUGGGACAAGAUGAGGAGGGCUUUGGAGUACACGCAUACAGUGACAUCCCGAUCUUGUGAUGAAUCCCGUGACAACGGUCGGGGAGCAAGCGGCAGCAGCUGCGUCGACAAGCUUCAGGAGUUUUCCGACAACAUCAAAGGCGUUAGCAAGGAGAAUGGCGCGAGUGCACAAGGCAAGAUGCAGACGUUUGUGGAGGGAGAGAGGGAUGCGAGGACAAAAGCAGACAAGGAACUGGAAAAGCUAAAUAAGCAGAUUCAGGUGAAGAGGGAUGAGCUAGAUUCUAUCAUUCCCCUGCACAAAGCCCAGGAGGAACGGGAGCAGAAUGCACAAGGAUCAUUGGCCCUGGCUGACCAGCGACGAAAGGAACUGUAUGCGAAGCAGGGGCGUGGCAACCAGUUCACGAGCCGCGAAGAGCGUGAUGCUUGGAUCAAGAAUGAACUGCGUUCGCUCAAUAGAGCCAUCAAGGACAAAGAUGAACAGAUCCGACGAUUGAAUGAAGACCUGCUGAAUGAUCAACAGAAUGUGGAUGAGCUUGAGAGGAAAAUGGCUGAGAUGAACCAAGAACUCGAGAAUCAUCGGGAGAACAUUGAUAGGCACAACAAGCAGUUUUACACGAUGAAAAAGAACAAAGAUGCGUUACAGAAUGAGAGGAAGUUGUUCUAUCACAUCGUCGAGUCGGAUCGUUAUGGAACGAAGAUCCUGAGUGAGAUGAACAAGCUGAAGCUCCCAGGGGAGGUCACCUUCAUGCCUCUCAAUCGUCUAGAAUACAAGGAGACGCCGUACCCAGAGUCUCACGAUGCUGUGCCGAUGAUCAAGCAUCUCAAGUACGGCGAGAAGUUUGACAUCGUCAUGAAGCACGUCUUCGGCAAGACGCUCAUCUGUCGCAGCAUGGAAGUCGCGACGCAGUUCGCGAGAACGCAGAACCUUGACUGCAUCACCCUCGGAGCUCUUAUGUUUGACAUGUUUCCUGAGCUGUGGCGGCAAGAGAAUGCAAUGCAGCAGGCCAUCUCGACCACCAAGGAGGAGCUGUCGAAGGCAGAGCAGGCCUUGCGGUCCAUCACGGGCAAGGCUGUGCUGAACGGCAUUGACAGCGUGAACAAGGUGUUACAGCGGCUUCAGGGCAAGGAGGGUUGGGAGGACGUUGUCAAUGGCUACCACGGCGUGCUCAUCGAGAACUUUGAGUGCGAUCGCAAGUUCUUCACGGCAGUCGAGGUGACGGCCGGAAACAGUGAGGUUAAAGUAGUUUUUAAGUGUACGUCACUAAAGCGUCUCUUCUCGUUUCAGCUCUUCAAGAAGCUAGACGAGGCAAACAGAGAACUGAAGAAGUACAGCCACGUGAACAAAAAGGCUCUCGACCAGUUUGUGAACUUUUCUGACCAGAAGGAGAAGCUGUUAAAGCGCAAGGAGGAGCUGGAUCGAGGCUAUGAUUCGAUAAUGCAGCUGAUGAACGUGUUGGAGCAGAGAAAGUUUGAAGCCAUUCAGCUAACGUUCAAACAGGUAUCGAAGUACUUCAGUGAGAUAUUCAAGAAGCUUGCGCCGCAGGGUCACGCGACGUUAAUCAUGCGUAAGGGUGACCACGACGAUGCUGAGGAAGGAGAGAGUGAGCAGCAGCAGCAGCACGCUGUCGAACAGUUCACGGGAGUCGGGAUCAAGGUGUCGUUCACCGGCAACACGGGUGAGACGAAGGAGAUGCAGCAACUGUCCGGUGGUCAGAAGUCCAUGGUGGCACUCACCCUCAUCUUCGCCAUCCAGAAGUGCGACCCGGCGCCAUUCUACCUGUUCGAUGAAAUCGAUCAGGCGCUGGACGCACAGCAUCGUAAGGCUGUUGCUGACCUCAUCAAUGAGAUGUCACAGGGAGCACAGUUCAUCACAACCACCUUCCGACCAGAACUCCUGGAGAGCGCUGACAAAUUCUACGGUGUCAAGUUCAGGAAUAAGGUGAGUCACAUCGAGUGUGUGAGCAAGGACGAGGCCAAGGACUUUGUGGAAGACGAUGCCACGCACAACUGAACGCGGGGACCGCAUGCUGCUUGUAAAUAUCACCGACAUGAACGUGGUCUGCGCUACGUGACUGCAUCAAGUCCUGCUUGCCCCACCUGAGCCUCAAGAUUAGCAGUUCUCACACUGGACCUAAGACAGCGACGUGAUCCGUAUGAUACGGAGUGGGAAGUGCCAUCGGUUGGCUGGGUAUAGGCUCACGGUCUCAAGCUGACGUGGAGAGCCACGUUCACAGGCGUAUUAAGUAUUCAGAAAGUCUCUGGCAGGCUUUCAGGCGCCUGCGGUUGUCACGCAUUGUCAUGACGGGGAUCCGUCAUUACUCAUUGUAAACUUUCACUUACGGGCAGGUUGUAAAGAAAAAAUCCGUCUGUGAAUCAAUCGGGCGGUCUUAGCGUAGUCUCAUGUUCGACGGUGAAAUAUUCUCUACUAUCGUAGUUGUUGGAUGUUUUGUAAGUAUGUUAUUAGUGUUUUGUGAAUAAUGGUCGUUUUGAAGUAGGAUGACAAAGACACAUUUAGACGUUGGGGACAACAAAAGCUGUCAGAUAUCUCACUCGAUUGUGGUAGGAUCCUACAUUUGACUGAACUACAUUUGGUACUGUCUCGGAGGUUGUAGUCAAUGUUGCAUUAAUAUUGUGCUACAGCCCAUUUUCUCUGCUGUUUCUGCUGUGCUAACGGUUCAGAGGGAACUGUUCAUUUUUCUAGGCUUGAAAGAUACGUACGUCUUUUGGUAAAGAAAAAUACGUAUUCUACAAACGUCCCACUGACUCAUGUCUAUAUAUGUUGUGAAAUAUCCGGGGGCAGAAUAGGAUCAUAGGAUGUAUCCCUGAAAGUAACUCGAUAUACAUUUAAUUCAGAGAUGUAAUGAUUCAUUGAUGAAGAUCAAGAUGCUUACGAACGUAGGUACAACUGAUAGAGAAAGGGAGGAGAUCCUUGUUUUGUUCGUGUAUGAUUUGUAAACAGCGGUCAUGCUGACUUGGUUAUAUCAUCACAUACACCGGCUUUGUAAUUGUGUAUUAGACAUGUUAUAAUCUAGUUUUAUGCAAGAUCUAAAACUUCACGCGCGUUAUUAGGUGUGCUUAGAUAUGAUAUUUGUAGAUAUUCAACGAUUGGUUGUAUCUGUCAUUUCGUUUUACAUUCUCCAUGUAAUAUGUAUUCGUAAGUGUAUUUCUGUUCGUAUAUUGUGAAGAUAUAAAUCACUUUCGCGUUUCAUGUCACGUUCAGUGGAACACACUUCAUAUGAUUUUCGUGCUUUAUCUGUAUCGACAAUAAUCACGAAUGAAUGUCAUAAGCAGCUUACAAAGAGGGAAUCAGUGUCCAUGGGCUCUGGUCCACUCUUACCCAUGUCCGUGUCAUUUCUAGCUUGCAUAUGUGCAUGCGUUUGUACGUGCGUGUAACUGUAUGUAUAUUGAAUAAUUACUUUUGUUGACAGCGGUUCUGUUGUAUGCCAACCAUGAAUUUUUUGGUUUGGUACAGUCUAGAAUGUGUUUCCUGUUUGUGUGGACAUGUGUUCUCUGAGGUGUUUAAUACUUGAGCGAAAUAAAACAAUUAUUUUAUUGAAAAAUAA